AUGUUUUCCAACAAGUAUAACGUUGAUGGUAGAUUGAUUGUGAUUACAGGAGGUUCACAAGGUUUAGGCUAUGCUCUUGCAAAGAAUCUAUAUCUGAAAGGUGCCAAUAUCAUUAUUAUCUCCCGCACAGAAACAAAACUACUCACUUGUGUAGAAGAAAUCAAGAAACUCAGCCGGAAAAAAGAUCAAUUCGUCGACUAUGUGGCAGCGGACCUCUCUAAAUACGAAAAUUGUGAGAAAGUACGCGAACACCUAGUUUUAAAGAACUUACUUCCUGAUGAUCUCAUCUGUUGUGCGGGUAUCGCCUAUCCUCAAAAGUUUGCCAAGAUCCCAAUAUCCAAGAUUGAUGAGGGAAUAGAUAUUAACUAUAGAACUGCCGUCUACUUUGUCCACGCUAUGCUUCCCUUGAUCACCGAAAAAGUUCGGGAACAACAUCUUGUGCUUUGUUCUUCUGUCAUAGCUUCUUAUGCUUUUUACGGCUACUCACAAUAUGCUCCAAUGAAAGCUGCUGUGAAGGCUUUUGGGGAUUGCAUGCGACAUGAGCUUUUACCAUACGGGGUUAAGGUACACACUUUAUUUCCUGGAAAUUUUGAAUCGGAAGGCUACGCCCAGGAGAACUUGACGAAGCCAGCUUUGACUAAGGAAAUAGAAGGCGCCUCGCCUGCCAUCUCUGCGGAGAAAUGCGCGGACAUCGUGGUAAAAUCUCUACAAAAUGGCAGUCUUUACAUUUAUACUGAUUUUAUCGGCUGGGUACUGGGCUCCUUCAGCUUAGGGCUUAAUCCAAGGGAAUGGUGGUUUGCACAAAUAUUUCUGAGCUUCGUUGGAUCUUUAGUGGGUCGACUUGUUGAUCUAUAUCAUGAGCAUUUGAUUAGGAAGGAAUCACAGCAAGAAGAUAAGCGAAGAUAA